AUGGCAGCCAUUUUCACCUUCAUUGCCCUCUCAUUUAUCAUUAUAUGGGAGCCCUUAAUGGCAAAUGCAAAAAUCUUUAUAGUUCUAAUGGAAGAUGACCCUUUUGUAUCUACAAAAUCAAAGAAUUUUGAAGAUUUUGAUAUCUACAAGGAAACGUUAAGAAAACAACAUGACAUGCUUCUAGAAAAUCUCCUUGAAAGAAGUGUGUAUACCAAAGUUUACAGCUACACUCAUUUGAUCAAUGGAUUUUCCAUUCAUUUGACAUCUCAUGAGGCCCUUGAUAUUCUAGAGAAUGCAGAAGGUGUUAGAGCCAUUUAUGAAGAUGUGAAGAUGAAGAAGUUGACAACACAUACACCUGACUUUUUAGGAAUUCCUGCUAGUGUCUGGCCUAAAUUAGGUGGUGCUACGGCUUCAGGGGCAGGAGUUGUGAUUGGAAUGAUUGAUACAGGAAUCAAUCCAUUCCAUCCGAGCUUUUUGGCUCAAGCAUCAAAUGGUGAUCGCCGGGGUGUAGUUGUGAAAAGUGGAAAGUUCAAAGGGAAGUGUGUGACUGGGGAUAGAUUCCCUGAAACAGCCUGCAACAACAAGAUAGUUGGAGCACAAUAUUUUGCAAGAGCUGCAACUGCUGCUGGUGAAUUCAACGCCUCUCGUGACUAUGCUUCCCCUUUUGAUGCUGAUGGACACGGAAGCCAUACAGCGUCAACUGCAGCAGGAAAUCAUAAUGUUCCUGUCAUCGUCAACCAUUUCAACUACGGUUAUGCAAGUGGUAUGGCUCCAGGAGCAGGGAUUGCAGUGUAUAAGGCCAUGUACUCUUUCGGAGGUUUCAUGUCAGAUGUUGUGGCUGCAGUAGAUCAGGCAGUGGAAGAUGGAGUGGAUAUAUUAAGCCUUUCUGUAGGGCCAGCAAAUGUCCCUUCCGGUCCUUCUGCUUUCCUCAAUGUUCUUGAAAUGCAGCUUUUAUUUGCCACAAGAGCUGGUGUGCUGGUUGUUCAAGCUGCUGGAAAUGGUGGUCCUUCUUCAACUUCCAUUCUUUCCUUUAGUCCCUGGAUCACAAGUGUUGCUGCCUCCACUACAGAUCGUAGAUAUAAUAAUUCAAUUGUUCUAGGCAAUGGACAGAGCUUCUCUGGCAGUGGUCUUUCACCCCCAACGCAUUCAGGAACGUAUUUCCAACUUGCUGCUGCAUCUGAUGUUUGUAAAGGGAACACUACCUCUGGCCUCUUGACAGUUGAGAGCUGCCAAGAGACAGAAACAUUCAUCCGAACUUUAGUUCAUGGGAAGAUAGUGAUAUGCACAUACACUUUUGAUUUUGAAUCAGAGACGGCAAGCAUAGCCACUGUUGCUGAUACAAUACAAAAAAUUGGGGCUGCUGGCUUUGUACUGACAAUGGAUCCUGAUAUUGGCUCUGAACAAAUUAAGGGAGCCACAAUGACCUUGUCGGUACCUGGUCUAAUCUUAAACAACAUGGAGGCCUCUACGGCUCUGCGCGAAUAUUAUAACUCCAACACAUUACGAAGUAGAAGUGGAAGGGCUAUUAGUUUCAGAGCUACAGCAAGAAUUUUGGACGGGAGACAAGCUAGUUAUACCAAGCAGGAUCCAGUUGUGGCAUCGUAUUCAUCUAGAGGUCCUGAUGUGAACAAUGCAUUCUUAGACACUGCUGAUGUCCUUAAACCAAACAUCAUGGCUCCAGGUUCCUCGAUAUGGGCUUCCUGGAGCCCUACUAGUGAAGGAGAUCGAUACAUCAAAGGACAAAAUUUUGCACUACUAUCUGGAACAAGCAUGGCUACACCACACAUUGCUGGAAUCGCUGCUCUAAUUAAACAGAAGCACCCGGGAUGGACACCUGCUGCCAUUACAUCCGCAAUGAUGACAACUGCAGAUGUAACUGGGCAGUCAAAUGCCCCUAUUUUAGCUCAACAAACCAACCAGCUAACUCCUGCUACUCCAUUUGAUUUUGGAUCCGGACUUGUCAAUCCUUCCCGAGCCAUUGACCCUGGACUUGUUUUCAAGGCAGGGUUUAAACACUAUGUACUGUUUUUAUGUUCAGUUCCAGGAGUCGAUGAAAUGUCUGUAAGACGAGCAGUUGGAGUUGGAUGCCCGAACAAGAAAAAAGCAUGGUGCUCGGAUUUAAACACGCCGAGUGUGACAAUAUCAAAUUUGGUAGGCUCAAGAAAUGUGAUCAGGAGGGUGACUAACGUAGGUGGUGUAGAUGAAAAGUACCAGGUGAUCGUGAAAGAGCCUCUGGGCGUGAGCGUUUCUGUAGCGCCACAAGUUUUUAAGAUAAUGGCCAAUGCUUCAAGACAUAUUACAAUUGUCCUAAAUGCAACUCAGACAACCAAUGUUUACUCAUUUGGAGAAAUCGUGUUCGAAGGUAACCAAAACCAUAGAGUUCGAGUGCCUUUGGCAGUGUUUGUAAGCAGCACUUUACAUUCAUGAUGCUCUUGUAUAUGUUUUCAAUAA